UUGUCUCUCACACGUACGUCUAGAAGCUGGCUUGGCACAUGAAGUGUUUGUGGGUCCACAUGGUCACGAUGGAGUCCCAAUUUGAUCUACUGGUCAGGCGCGAAGACUACUUUCCUGUGAUCGGGGAAACAACAUGAGGCAUUCAAGGACUCCGUAAUAUAAAGACCCCCCACCUGACUAUAUUCUGGAUGAGUACGACGUGUAGUACUUGUUACUACAAGAUGCCAUCGUCCUCUAAGGUGUGCUACAGCUAUUCACAGACAGCUACUUGUCGAUUCGGCUCCAAGUGCAGGUUUGCGCAUGACGAAGGGUUCAAAAUCCCCAAUGGUCCGUCCCAAACACACACACAGACGCCUCUAGAUGAUUUUUUUGCAACAUAUCCCGCGUUCGACUACGAUUCGUCUGCGUCAGCUUCAUCGGAGUUUUACCGGAUGUGCGACCAGUUUUGCUGGGAUAGGGAAGACAAAGAGAGAGAACAAGCUCACUGUGAUUUCAAGGACGCCCUUGUUCAGCAGUUCAACGAGAUAUAUGGCACGGAUGUGAAUAAUCUCACUUCCAUCAGUGAAUUCAUGAGUCCGUGAUAUUGUACCCGUGAUAACUACAGAAUGAAAUAAUUAUGUAUAUACAUCUAUGAAAUUAGAGUACCUUCAGGCACUCGUGACAAGGGUACAACACAGCAACAUGACGGCCAACAGGGGAUCGUGCUGAAUUUGGGUCCACUAUGUUAGCCAUGCUCACUUGUCAUAAUUUAAAUUUUCAAUAAAAAGCUAUUCAUGACUUUAUGAUGGAAAGAAGCACUAGCCUUGG